AUGGCACCAAAGAAAAAACCAAUUAACAAGAAACCAGAAAGACCAGACAGAAACAAGCAAACAAAGCUUGAAGUCCUUGCUGAAGAUCUUGAAAAACUUGAUUUGGAAAACAAAUUGAGAGAAGAGGAAGAAGAUUCUGAUGAAGAAGAAGAAAUUGUUGUUAGCCGAGUUGAAGCCAAAAAAGUUGAUUACUGUGCCGAAUGUUCAUUCCCAAUUGAAUAUUGCGAAUUUUCUGAUAAAUGGCCAUUGUGCGAAAAGUGGCUUGAAACUAGAUUCCCAGAAAAAUUAAAAGAAUUAAUUGAAUUGAGAGAAGGUGAUAAAAACAAGAAUAAGAAAAUUGAUAAAAAAGUCGCCAGAGAAGUCAAGGAAAUUGUGGAAGGUACCGAAGAAAAGAGAGUUGCAACCAAAUCAAAUAGAGAAUUACUUAUUCGUAUCGAUAAAAGAAGCAAGAGAAAACGUUUGACACUCAUUACAGGAAUUGAAGCUUUUAUGGAGGAUGCAUUCAGAGGUGAUGAAAAGUUUUUCAAGGAUGUUGUCAAAAUUUUCGGAAAGAAAUUUGCUUGUGGAUGUAGUAUUGUGAAAAAACCAGAACUUUCUAUUGAAAUUCAAGGUAAUGUUCCUGGCAAAGUUGCCAAGUACUUUACUAAAGAAUUGGGUGUUGACAUUAAUCAAAUCUAUGUCCUCGAAGAUAAGAAAAAGACGAAAGCCUCUGAUUAUGUUUUCGACAGUGAUGAAGAGGAAGAUGAUUCAGAUGAAUAAACAUUUCUAUUAUCUCAACAACUGUUUCAAUUAUUAUCAAAAAUCAAUUUAAAAUACUGAUUCAGUACUUCACACAAAUUCUUCAGAUUCACUAUUGAAAUAAUCAAAUCAGG